UUUUAAUUGUCUUGUCACAUCCCUGUGAUUACUAUUUCAAAGUUUUUUUUAUCUAUUUCAAAUUGGAUUUUUGGCUUGUAUACAGGCCUAAUUUUCGAAAAACAUGGUUAUUAUUUUAUUAAUUAAGUAAAAUUUACUUGAUCAAUAAUAGGUAAAUAGACAAUUUCUUCAAUACCUAAUAAUUUAAUUCAGAUUGAUAAGACAAGUAUUAUAAACGUAAACAAGGAAGAGUCUUCGGGGAUGUUGAGCGUGUGGCUGGGAAAUGGGCACCUCCUGAUAUAUUAUAUUUGCGUAAAAAACUAUCGUUAUUAAUGUAAUCAUAAAAAAAAUACCGAGUGAGUCGUUCUACUAAACAGUAGAUUUCGAGUUUACCUUAUCAUUGAGUAGGCCACUAAUGAUUUAUGUUUAUCUAAAUUUGAAUUGAACAAUAAAUCAUUGCAUGCAAAAAACGAUUAUGGGUAGUGAUAUUCAGAAGAUAUUUUAAAAUUACCUUAAAUUUAUGAAGGUCUUACAAUGUAUACAAAUUACUGCUAAUAAUUUAAUUUUCUAUUGACAGUCAGAUAAUGUGGAAUGUUGAGCUAAUGUUUUCCGAAAACAUCAUAUAAUAUCAGACAUUAACUGUAAUAAUCAAUACGGCUUAUAUAUUCAGUUUCUUUGAAAAUAUCGGUAGUAUAGUAACGCCUUGUGCUAUUAUAACAAUAAUAAUAUAGUUUGUAACCAAGUCUGUAUAAUAAAUCAAGUUAAUCGAUAAUCCAUCUAAUUUUUCUAAUUUUUCGAACGUAACGCGGAUAUGUGUUCAAAAUGUUCAACUAUGAUUCAAGUAAUUUCGAUAUCAAUAUUGCUGUUACAGUCAGCCGUGAACUCUCCAAUUCCUUUAUAUAAUGAAGAUAUUCAGGAGCCAACACGAAACUGUCAUUCUACUGUCCAGCCGUGUGGUGAAGGUUUGUUCCGGGAUCCGCUCGAGAUCUUGGGUGAUAAAUUCACAGAAGCCAGAAUCUUACAUUUAUGCAAGGCGGAUGUGUAUAUGUUUGCCGAUGUGAUUUCGGAUGUGUUCUUUUCGCCGUGUGGCAUCAAACUGUGCAAAAGUGUGUGUGAUGGUUAUCAGGAAUCUAUGAAUAUCGACGUAACAGUGAAUGUGUCUCUCAUCAACUCGAAUUGCGAUUACACCGGGGCAACGACUAUUGUUGAACGUCUGGCCAAUUGCACACAUUUGGCCAAGUGUCCAGACCUGAGCACCGCGUGCGUGUGCUACUAUAACGUCCGAUGCGACCGCCGGACGAAGGCAAUAACCUAUACUUUUACACCUAACCGACAAGGCUAUCUUAGGGUAAUGGUAACCGAUUCUGGAACUCCAGUGUAUAUUACUUGAUCCCCCCCC